AUGUCUAUCACUGAAGCCUUUUUGGUUCUUACUAAGGCGACACAUAAUGACUUGCGCAAAAUCCAACAACCUCGGGUCAAGCUACGCAGCACCGAUAGCACGCAUACCAGUAUCGAUAUGAGCUGGUACGACGAAUGGCUCUCCCAGUAG